AUGGACCUUGUACAGGCAGCAAAUCCAAUAAGAAACCGCAAGCGACGGCAAAGACACUUCGAAUUUUAUCGCUCAAUCGGUUUUGCCCGUAUUUCAGUGAAUGGAACUGAACAUGAAAAUGACUAUAAUUGGGUUGUGUGCCGAUUCUCUCCUCACUCCGAUACGGUGCUCUUUCUUGGAGAUGACGACGGCAACAUAGGCAUAGCCGACGUAGCACCGCUUGUAGGUUCUGACGCUGGUUCUCAUGCAAUCCUUAUUCAAUGUUUCCCUGCACACGAUGCUACUGUGAUGGACGUGGUGGGAGUCCCGAAUAAUCCAAAUCAAUUGCUUUCAAUCUCUGGAGAUACAACCGUGCGAUUAUGGGAUUUGCAAAGGCAGGAUUCCAUGUUGUUCUUUGGGCACGAAAUGUCUGUUCGAAGUGCUUGCUUCGCUCCACAGAGCAAUCAUGUAUUUGCGACAGGAGGUAGGGACGGAGCAAUUCGCUUGUGGGACGCGAGGACAAGCUCUCUUCAGCAGCAAGGGCAGCUCUUGAAAAAACCGGUCAAUGUGUACAAGAAUGCUCAUUUCAUCAAAGAUUUUCGUUCUCCAUCGAAAAGGAGAUCAAUAUCGCGACUGUCAAAUCGUUUCGAGAAGGCAGAACCACCGAGUGUCACAAGCCUACUGUACGCCAACGAUUACACCCUGAUCUCGGCAUCGUCCUGUGGGAAGAGCGGGCUCCGGUUAUGGGAUACGAGGAGGAUUUCAACAAAGGAUGAGGGCCAUGUUUUAUCCACACUAGAAGUUCCUACCAGCAAAGACGCAGGAAUCACAAGUAUUUGCCUCGACCGUUUCGGGAGUUCACUUUUUGCAUCUGUCACGGAUAACUGUGUAUAUGAAUAUGGUAUCCUGACCAGUAAUACUAGGCCAUGUGAGUUUAUUUGCGAGCAUUUUUUGUGCCAUUACUUGGAAUAUGUCUCGACUUCCUCCGCCUGGUUUCUCUUG